GAUUGGGAAUCCUACAAUACUGGGUCUCCAGCAGCAGUUCAGUCAGUGGUGGCGCUCAGGGAUGGGUCAAGGCAGGCAUGUAGGGAUAGCUUGCCAUUUACCUGGGAUAUGGUGGAUCCCAAGGUCAGUUAAGAUCACAAGUGUGAAUUAUCAGCAGUGCUGGGGUGUGGGGGCCCACAAAUAAUCUCUAGAUGGGAAGGGGUUUAUUGCAGAGUGGAGGGUAGGGAUGGAGCCAGACUUUCUGGGUUCAAAUCUGUUCUGCCACUUCUAGCUGUGUGGCUCUCAGUUUGCUUGCACCCUGGGUGCUGUGUGAGAAUCUAGUGAGCUGACAUAAAGCACGUAACAGCCCCCUAUGAGUACUGUUAUUUAAGAGCUUGCAGCUGGUGGUUCUAAGACUGGGUGAAGGACACACACCACAGUAUUCUGUUGGGGUUACAUAGUUGACAUCCUGGGGACUUCAUCUUAGGAUCACUAAUUCUGGCUUCAUUGGGAAAGUGGAAGAUAUGGAAACAGCAGCCCCAAUUCUCACACUGCAGAAUGCGGCUGGAGCGGUCUCAGCCGCACACCCGGCAGCCUGUGGUUCACUUCUUCAGUUGUCCUGACAACCCCCCCCAACACACACACAGUUGUGUUUGCGACUUCCUGCUGGGUGCUGAGCAGUCUGACGGAGCGGGCAGGCCUGCAGACAAGGCAGGGAGGAGACGGAACAGGAGGGUGGCUUUCAGGAUGGUGAGGGGCUAGAGAACUGGGAUGGCUCUGGGCUGGAGGAAACAGAUCCCCAGCUCACCCGGGCUGGAGGUGAGGGGCCAGAGGCAGAACCUGAGGCAUCGGAACUAAAGGCAGCACAGCCUCCAGUCACAACCGGACGCCUUCCGGCAGCGUCCCAUACAGGACCGGAAGUGGAUCAGAACCCACCUCGCCAUCGCUUCUUCAUGCGAGGGGGUAGUGUGGGCUGGUAGUCCUGCGGAAUGCGUGGCUGAAGUGGGAACCCGGAGGUCCCUAGGCUUUCCGUGGGAUAGCCCUGGCGCGCGGGGCGCGGGUGGAGUCCAGAAGCACGCCCUUGUGGUGGAGCAAAGCGCCGGUGUUGCUAUGGCUCACGUUGGCUCUUGCAAGCGCUCGAGAAGUCGCAGUCGGUCCAGGGGGCGAAGGUCAGAAAAGCGGAGGAAGAAAAGUAGUAAGGACGCGUCAAGGAGCUGCUCGGCUUCUAGAUCCCAUGGUCACAAGGCUAGCAGCACCUCCGGGGCUGAGGCCUCACCUUCUCCCUGCAUCACAGAGAGAAGCAAACACAAGUCCCAGAGGAGACCGCGAUCCAGCUCUUCCUCCUCUUCUUCCAGUUCUUCUAGCUUCUCUUCCUCCUCGUCCUCCUCUUCCUCCAAGGAUGGCCGGAAGAAGAGAGGGAAGCACAAGGAUAAGAAGAGGAAGAAGAAGAGAAAGAAGAAGCAGAAGAAAAAACGCAAGGAGAAGCCAGCUGUGCAUCAGGCUGAGGCUCUGCCCGGCCCCUCACUGGACCAGUGGCACAGAUCAGCAGGGGAGGAUGAUGAUGGCCCAGUUCUGACUGAUGAGCAGAAGUCCCGCAUCCAGGCCAUGAAGCCCAUGACCAAAGAGGAGUGGGAUGCCCGGCAGAGUGUCAUCCGCAAGGUGGUGGACCCUGAGACAGGACGCACAAGGCUCAUCAAGGGAGAUGGUGAGGUCUUAGAGGAAAUUGUAACCAAAGAACGACACAGAGAAAUCAAUAAGCAAGCCACCCGAGGGGACGGCUUGGCCUUCCAGAUGCGGGCAGGGCUACUUCCUUGAGGGCCCUGUUGGCCAAAGCCUGUGCUGUACUGAUGGUGGCUUAGAGUAGCCAGCUUGAUGGAUGCAGCUGCCUUUUUUCCUGUGUCUGGCCCUGCCCAGCCUUCUUUCAGAUGGACCAGAGUAUAACAUCCUGAUAUUAAAGGAUCUUGGUCAGACUUA